GGUAUCAUUUGUAUAAAGAUUUAAUCAAUAAACAUUUUGCAAUGGCAUCAAUUUUAGCUGCACAAUUAGAUGAAUUGAUGGGAAGGGACAGAAAUCUUGCUCCUAAUGAGAAAAGCAAAAAAACUCAUUGGAGCGAUGAUUUGGUUUGCAAGCAUUAUUUAGUUGAGUUUUGUCCUUACGAGGUUUUUCUAAAUACGAAAUUUGACAUAGGAUAUUGUGAAAAAGUACAUGAUGAUACACUAAGGCAAAGAUAUAAAGAAAGUUCCAAAUUUAAAAAGAUGGGAUAUGAGGAGGAUUUUUUGAGAUUUCUAGAAAAUGCCAUUGGGGAAGUGGAUAGGAAAAUCAAAAGAGGCCAUGCUCGACUAGCUGUCAAUGAUUCCCAGAAUAAUAUCAAAAUUCAACAAGUAACAAAAGAAAAUGAGGAAAAAAUUAUCGUGCUUCAAAAACAGAUUGAUGAAUUGUUGGUCAAGAGUGAAGGCUUAGCCGAGGAAGGUAACGUUGAAGAGGCCCAAGACACCAUAAAAGAGGUCGAAAAGCUAAAUUUCGAACGUGAUAAAUUCAAAAUAGAAAUCGACAAUGCCAAAGCCAUGGAACGUCACAUGCGUGUUUGCGAAAUCUGUGGCGCUUUUCUCAUAAUCAAUGACGCUCCCUCACGUGUGGAUGACCAUAACAGUGGAAAACAGCACACCGGGUUCGUCAAGGUCAGAGAAGCGGCUCUAAGGAUGAGGGAACAACUCUUUGGCAAAGACUCCAAACCUAGAGGCAUUGACGAUAACAUUCAAAAUGGAAAUACUGGUCCCAGCCCUGUUUUGGUAAAUGAUAUCAAAGAAAAUGAAACUGUGAAAAAAAGAUCAAGAUCUAAGAGCAAACACGAAUCCGAACGUCACAAAAGUCACAAAAGUAGCCACAAAAAAUCUUCCAGCAAAUCAUCCCAUUCCUCUUCUAGAAAAGAAAGGCCUCACGGGUCGUCGCGUGAUGAAAAGAGGGAACAUGGCAGGCAUGGCCACACGCAAGGGGAAAGCAGACGAAGAUGAAACAUUUAGAAAUACGUUGAUAUCAAUUUUUAUACGAUCACCUUGGAUUAUAGUUACUUCUUUUUAAAAAUUUGAAGAUGGAUAAUAUUUCAUGAGAUGUAUAUUAUAUAACUAACGAUAUAUUUAAUAUAGGAUAAUGAAUUAUGAUAUGCAUU